AUGGCGCUUGGCAGAUUCUGCAAAAGUCUUUCUCUUCAACUCUCACUAUGCAUCUUCAGCCUUCUAGCCAUCGCAGCCGUAUCAGAUUUACAAAUUACAGCGAAACAAGACUGGUUAAAUCAUGGUGGAGAUUUAUAUAACCGCAGAUAUGCAAAGAACGAAAAUAAGAUUAGUCGUAGAACAGUUUCAAAGCUAAGAUUGAAGUGGGGAUUCUAUACAGGUUCAGAUACAACAGCAACACCAGCAAUUUAUGAUGGAACAGUUUAUUUUCCAAGCUGGAAUGGAUAUUUAUAUGCUGUGAACCAAACAGAUGGAAGACUUGUUUGGGAGAAAAACUUGUUUGAAUUAACAGGGAUUAAUGGUUCAGGUCUUGUUAUUAAUGUGAACACAACUGUGUCAAGAACAACUCCAGCAAUUGCAGAUGAUUUGUUGAUUAUUGGAUUAUAUGGCCCAGCUGUUGUUAUUGCUGUUAAAAGAUCCACAGGGAAGCUUGUAUGGUCAACCCAGCUUGAUGAUCAUCCUGCAAGCGUCAUUACCAUGUCUGGAACAUAUUUCAACAGGGGUUUUUAUGUUGGUACAUCUUCUCUUGAAGAAGGUGCAAGUAUCGAUAAUUGUUGUACGUUUCGUGGUAGUUUUUCCAAAUUAGAUACUAGAACAGGCAAAUUGUUGUGGCAAACAUAUAUGUUGCCUGAUAAUUUUGGCAAAGUUGGAGAGUAUGCAGGAGCAGCCAUUUGGGGUAGCAGUCCUUCCAUAGAUAUCUACAGAAAUCAUGUAUAUAUUGCCACAGGAAACUUGUACUCAGCACCUUCACAUGUAAGGGAAUGCCAAGAAAGAGAGAAUAAUCAAACACAACCUACACAUCCAGAUAAAUGUGUUGAGCCAGAGAACCAUUCAAAUUCAAUCCUAGCCCUUGAUUUAGACACUGGCACAAUCAAGUGGUUCCAUCAAUUGGGAGGCUAUGAUGUAUGGUUUUUCGCUUGUAACAAUCUUUCAACUCCUAGUUGCCCUCCGGGACCUAACCCAGAUGCAGAUUUCGGGGAGGCGCCAAUGAUGUUAAGCAUCUGUGUUAACAGAACUAAUAAAGAUGUAGUGUCGCUGUUCAAAAAAGUGGCUUUGCUUGGGCUUUAGAUCGUGAUAAUGGCACCCUCUUCUGGUCUACUGAAGCUGGCCCAGGAGGUCUUACGGGAGGGGGAACCUGGGGAGCAGCAACAGAUGGAGAAAGAGUUUACACCAACAUUGCUAAUUCUAAUGGCAAGAAUUUCACUCUAAAGCCAUCCAAAGAAAUCUCAACGACUGGUGGAUGGGUGGCUAUGGAUGCUGGCAGUGGAAAAAUAGUAUGGUCAGUUGCUGACCCUGCCAAUGCAACUGCUAAUGGCCCUGUGACUGUGGCAAAUGGUGUGCUGUUUGGUGGUUCAACUUUUAAAGAUGGACCUUUAUAUGCAAUGGAUGCUAAAACUGGGAAGAUUUUAUGGUCAUAUAAUACAGAGGCUACUAUUUAUGGUGGUGGGUCAGUUAGUGAUGGGUGUGUUUAUAUUGGAAAUGGUUACAGGGUUAACCUCGGCUCUGUCUUUCCGUCAUUUAGUUCUGGGACCUCGCUUUAUGCCUUUUGUGUAUUUUAAGUUAUUUUUUUGAAUUAAUUUAAAUUUUUAUUAGCUUGUUGGAUAAUUAAUUCUUAAAUAAAAAGGUAUGU